CUCUGCGCAUUACUGUUAGAGUUGAUCUGUCAUCCUCCGGGCAUACUUGAUAAUAUCGUUUCUGUGUAUCGUUGCUGUGUUAAAAAAAUGUCACUUACGUUUCUUGCGCUUUUCGCGGGCGCGUUUUCGCUGCUUUGCUUUUACCUGUAUCAGAAGCACAACUAUUGGAAGAGAAACGGAAUUCCAACCGUCAAAGGAUGUGUCCCACUUCUGGGCCACACGUUACCUAUGAUAACGAAACGAAUGAAUUUCUCCGAAUUCAUUCGUCUGGCCUACAAGGAGCACAAGGAUCACAGCAUGGUCGGAAUCUACAAAGGAACGAGGCCAGUGUUAAUCGUUCGGGAUCCUAAUCUGGUGAAAACUGUGCUGCAAAGUAAUUUCUCCAAUUUCCACGAGAACGGGAUCAAAAUUGUACCAGAGGCGGAUCCUCUUUUAUCUAAAAAUCCGUUCUUCUGUUACGGAGAAGCAUGGUCGACCGGCAGGAAGCGUCUGACCUACGCGUUUUCCAACGUCAGAUUGAAGAUUCUCUUCUCAGCUGUCAGCGGAGUGUGCAAAAAGUUCGAGGAUUUCCUGAACAGACGACUGAAAACGAGCAACAAAUACGAAGUCGAUAUGAAACCGUUAUUCUUGAGGUUCACCGGCGAGGUUGUGGCGAACGCUGGUUUAGGCAUCGAGGGAUACUGUUUCGAAGAUGACGCUGGGGCCAGCGCCUUUCAUAAACUUGCCGGAAACACGUUCGCGGAAUCGUUAGGAACCAUAAUCGCGUUCCAUUAUCCGAGUAUCAAUCAUCUGCUGAAGCUCAGUUUCCUGCCUAAAUCAAUAGACGGAUUUUUCCGGAAGGUUGUCAGCGAAAAUUUAAAAAUCAGGAGAAACGACUCAACACCCAGGAACGAUUUCCUUCAAUUGAUGAUCGACAUGGAGAAGACCGGAGAGGUGAUCGACGAAGAGACUGUAUCGGCACAUGCAGUUUCCUUCUAUCUCGAUGGAACGGAGACGUCCAGCGUUACGUUGAAUUUCAUUGGUCACAACUUGGCCGCUCAUCCGGAGAUUCAAGAGAAACUGAGAAAGGAAGUGAGGUCGGCGAUCGAGAAGCAUGGCGGUUUGACGUUCGAGGCACUGAAGGACAUGACGUAUAUGAAUCAAGUGAUUAGCGAGUCUCAAAGACUUCACCCGGGUCUUGGUUUCUUACACAAAACGUGCACCGAGGAAUUCGUGCUCCAAGGGUCAGAUGGACUGACCUAUCGCAUAAAACCUGGCACCGAAAUUGUCAUAUCCGUUUUCGGUUUGCACGGUGAUUCUAACUACUGGGUCGAUCCGGACGUUUUCGAUCCGGAACGAUUCAACGACGAGAGGAAACAAACUAUGGAGAAAAUGACGUUCCUUCCGUUCGGCGAAGGGCCGAGAAUCUGCGUUGGAAUGAGAAUGGCACUGCUACAGAUGAAGGCUUGUUUGGCUAGUUUGAUGAACAACUAUAAAUUGGAAUUGUCACCAAGAACGCAGGUUCCACUACAGAUAUCUCCGCAUUAUUUUAUGUCGGAACCGAUUGGCGGAAACUGGGUGUACAUCUCUAAGCUUUGAA